CGCCGCGUCGCGCGCGCUAUUCGUUCAGUUGUGUUGAGCAUCAUCUUCGCGACGCAUCUCAUAUCAGCCGGUCUGCAAUCGGCACGUGUAUCUACGUGCGCGCAUAGGUGAUUGCGUGCACGCGCACUUGUGUACAUUUACAUUUAGUCAGGUGCAUCAUCGUGAUUAAAUUGUCAGUCGAAUCACGGACGCGCGCGAUACUCGCGAUACUCGGCGACAUUCUUGUCGCUCAGUCGUUAUUCGAGACGUGUACGUAGCAUGGAGAAAUGUCGAGGGACACUGGAAAAGAUUUCUCGGCAAAUCCGGAGAUCGAGCAGUUAUUAUCCGUUGAGGCACGCGACAAUACGUCAGACAUAUGUGUGAAACUUCAAUCGGACGAGCGGUUGUCCAUGAACGGGCUGUACCUUCAAGGUGGCGUUUCGUCAUCAAGAACGUCGCUUCAGGACAAAGCCGCGGCGUUAAAUCAUAAUGCACAUAUAGGCGAAAGUUCAAACAGUUCAACGGCUAUGAUAACGUCGUCCUCGGUUGUCGUAAACGUCAACGGGAGUAAUGACGAUCCACCACCUUAUACCACGAUCCCGCCGCCUUACAGCGUGAUCACGCCACCAGAUCACAUCGGUUGGCCGUACGGAGUUUUUUCAUUCGGUGAUUCGUAUUCCACGGACGGGAUGACUCGUAGGAUGGAAAUACCGUUGACACCUUUCCAAACCUGUCUGACGCCGGCCACGGGUUUCCAUCCCGAAGGGAUUAACGGUCAAUACGCAUCGUACCCGAUGCCCUUAACGCCUUACCGGUUCUUCAAGUUUGGUUAUCAUAGGAACUCUUUUCUAUCGAGGGAACACAACGAGAUCGCGGAGAAGAUCGAUGACAGAAAAUCACGAAGAUGCGGCGCUAUCCUUGUGGCAGCGGCGGUCAUCAUCUUUCUUAUGGCUCUGUCCUUGAUGGUUCGCUUCAUCAUGGAAAAGAGCUGGUGGCGAAGCUAACUCUUCUUUGGAAUUGAUCGUUAUUUUGGAAACGUUCAGUGAUAAACUUUAAUUUGUGAGAGACUAUUAAUUAACGAAUUUAUAGACUUUAUUAAACAUAUUUUACUUUAGCAGAAUAUAUUGCUUCCCUGAGAUAUCAUGUUGGUUAUAUCUCGAAGGAAUUGUUUUUGUCUUUUUCUAUACUUUUCUCCUAAGUCUAUAUUAUUAAAUUAAGCAAAAAAUAUAUAGAAAUGUAUUAUGUUAUUGUUAACUAAUAUUCCUUCCUAUUUCAGUUUUGUAUAGAUUUUUUAAUGACUUUUUAAGAUGAUUUAACGACUAAAAUUUAAUUACAUGUAAAUAAUGCCAUUAAUUUAUACAUCUUUUUCCUAUAUUAUCUAGUGAAUACGACAGUGUUAGUUUUUGUAAGUUGUUUACGCAUUGUGACUGGCAAUAUUCUUUAUAUUGAUGUUAAAAAAAAGUGCGACAUCAAUGCUUAUCAUAACUGAGCAUUAUGCAAAAUCAAUUCUUUUUUCUUGUGCGAUUUAGGUAAUAAAAAAAUAUGCAAAUAUAUAUAUAUAUAUAUAUAUAUUAUAAACUGAAUUGAAUAUCUUGUUGAGUUCUUGUUACUUAUACUUAUAUAUAUUAUGAUUAUUUCAUGCUUAUUAAUGCAUGAUACUGAUAAUUAAUGAAUGAGGAAUGAUUUUAUUUUAUUUUUUUUAAUUAAAGUAUAUAGAAUAGUCUGCAAUAACAUAUCUACUUUAAACUCUGAGAUAUGACUGUUAAAUUUUAUAAUUAAUGAUAUUAAGUGUUUUUGUAUGUUAUUAUUGCAACUUUUAUUAUUUUAUUAAACAUGUCAUUAUA